AUGAGCAAGGGGGCAUUCAUCCAGAUUUAUGAAAUUCAAAGCAUCAGGGCUACUUACGCAUCAAAGAUUUCAUCAAAGUCUAAAAGACUUUAUGUGGCUGCCAUUGGUUUUGGAACAACUUACACUGGAUUAGCAUAUUCCUCAAAAGCUGCAUGGAAAAAUGUUGUUGUUAGGAACUGGAAUGGUGGUAAAUUUGUAUCAAAUAAAACCCCAACUGCUCUUUUAUUGAAUCCUGAUAAGUCUUUCAAUUCAUUUGGGUACGAGGCAGAGGAGAAGUAUGCACAACUAGCCGAGAUGGAGUUUGAUGAUGAGGAAGAAGACAUAAGCAAAAAAGAUUGUAAGAUUGAGCAGAAAAGGUACAAUCAAAGACGAGACAGGGAAGACACUAGAAGCGAUGACAGUGUUUACAUUGUCUAUCAAAAAGCCUAUGAUGGCACUCUCAAGGAAAUAUUACCAGCCACUGCAGUGCCGCUAGGAGGGACAACUGUAGACAAAGAGUUUUCUACACUUAUAGAGGGAACUGCUGGCAAAGGCAUAUUUAAAGAACUGAAAAAGGAAAACAUGGAGGACUUUAUAGAUAUCUUUCGACAGUUCGAAACUAAAAAACGAAAUGAAGCCACAUCAAAAGUUCGAGUGAGUAUACCUCUAAGUCUGGACAGACUUGUUAAGAAAAAGAUGAAAGGUGGCAUUUCUAAACUCCUUGAAUCCAUGUCACUGAAAACUGAUAUUUCAUACGAGUCAAGCAGUAAAAAACUUGUUCUGUCAUCAGAUUUUUUUUAUUGGUCUGUUCAAGAAAACAAUAGAUGGUAUCAUGCAGCAUAUUGA